AUGAAGGUGAAGAUUUGCGGCGUGACGAACCCGGACGACGCCAAGGUGGCCACCGCCUGGGGCGCAGACUUCGUGGGAAUGAUCAUGUGGCAGAAGGCCGGCCGCGCUGUGUCGGCUGAGGCCGCACGCGCCAUCGCGGACGCGGCGAGCGCCGGCGGCGCCCUGCCCGUCGGGGUCUUCGUCGAGGAGGGCGCCGAGGAGAUCGCCGAGCGGUGCCGCGCCGCGGGUCUGCGCGUCGCGCAGCUCCACGGCGACAACGCCCGCGCGGCUCUCAACCACCUGCCCCCCUCCGACGAGCUCUCCAUCAUCUACGUCAUCCAGGUGACGCCCGAGGGCGAGCUGAUGACGCCGCUCCCCGAGGGCCGCAAGCCCGAGUGGGUCCUCCUCGACGGCGAGCACGGCGGCAGCGGCCAGAAGCUGAACUGGGACACCCUGCCCGACGUGUCGGACGUCGCCACCAACGGCUGGUUCCUCGCCGGCGGGCUCUCCCCCUGCAACGUCGGCGACGCGGUCGCGACGGCGCACCCCACGGGCGUGGACGUUUCGACGGGCGUGUGCGUCGACGGCGACAUCUUCGUCAAGGACGGCCGCAAGGUCGCGUCGUUCGUCGCGAGCGCGCGCACGGCCGCGGGCGGGCCCAAGGGCUCCGCGUGGGGCGCGCCGGGCAGCGUGAGCGCCUCGAUCGACGAGACGGGCGGCCAGGGCAUGAUGAUGUUCACCGACGACCAGCUCCGCGCCGUGCCGUACGACAAGUUCAACACGGAGUGA